AUGUCAACCCUCGGGUGCUCUAUGAGUGCACACCUUUCUUCUCUUUACACUACGAACUUCAUGCUCGGCCAGAGUUUAAACUCUGAUUAUGACUACAACGAUUUCGACCCCGACGAGCUUCACGAAGAACUCCGCGGAUUCAUCAACGACGUUGCAAAUGACUUGAACCAAACCGAUACCGAUUCGCUGAACCAAUACUACAUCACCAAACUUUCACACAUGGUCUACGGCUCCAACAUGAUAGAAAGUGCCGGCGGAAAUCUGGAUGUUACUCUCAAACUUUGUCGAGAUGUCUUCGAAGGCAAGCCCGUGGAUGCGCAACUCAACGAUCGCGACGCCGUAUACCAGGCCCUCAAGUUGGAGCUCAUCAACCACCCCGACGUACACGAUGCAAUACUCCGAAGUCGACGCGAGAUCGUCCAGCAUGCAAAGGCUGCCCAAUACAUGAUCACUCAAGUUGCAAUCCUCGGGAAUCACUUGUCUGAGGAGAUCAUACUAGAAACGCACCGUCUCCUAACUUACAAACUCGACACAGAAGACGGUACACCUUGGAGCGAAUAUAGCGGCAAAUAUCGAAACUGGGCUGUUUCAGCAGGCCUGACUCCAUUCAUGCACGAACGAAAGGUCCCAAGCGCAAUGAAAGACAUGAUCCGUUCAUAUGAAUCUGAUAUCCAAGCAGCCGACAAGGGAGAAAUUGAUCCUAUUGUACUUGCGACCAAAUUCUGCACCAUAUUCGUCAACAUUCAUCCUUUCGGAGAUGGAAAUGGCCGUGUCUGUCGCCUGGUUCUGAAUGCCAUUCUUUUCAAGUAUUCGGGCUGCCUGGUAUCUAUUGGCAUGGAUGCCGAUGACCGAAAUGAGUACCUCAACAUCGCAGCAGAGGCGAGCAUGAUGGGGCUUUCCGACGACAUGGACGAUGUUCCUGAUGAGUACAAGCCAAAGAAUUACAAGAAAUUGGCUUCUUUCACUGUGAAGCAUGCUUGGAAGGGGAUGUACGAGGUCCGUCAGCUAGUCAAGCGAGAAGUGUAG